UCAGCUUUUGUUUUUCUUUAAAUGAUAAAAUAUUAAAGGUGUUUGGCCAAAACCUCAUCUUUGGUGAUAUGAUGCAAGUUAACAGUUACUGGGACUUAAAGCUCUAUGGACAGGCAAAAUAAAAUUCAUGGUUCCUGAUGGUAUAUUGAAGUAAUACAAAACGUAUUUGUGGGUUCAAAGUUGCAAGUGAGCUGUUCAAACAGCUGUUUUUCCUGGAUGCUGCAAUCUAUGGUAAAGUUGUCAAAAUAAAUAAAAUAGAUGCCUGGCUGGCACCCAUACUGAAAAAAAACAGCUUAAAAUAGCCUAGGCUGGUUGGCUGGUUUUAGCUAGUUGACCAGGUUGGUUUUAGAGGGGUUUUGGCCAUUUCCAGGCUGAUUUCCAGCCUGGUGUGAGCUGGUCAGGCUGGGAGAUGACAAGCUAAAACCAGCUUGACCAGCCUAGCCAGGCUGGGAGCCCAGUCAAAACCACCUAUGUCCAGCUUAAACCAGGCAGGUCAUGCUGGAUUUAGCUGGUCAUUUUUCCAGCCUGAACAGCUAAGACCAGGCUGGAAAUGGCCAAAACCCCUCUAAAACCAGGCUGGUCAACCAGCCUAGGCUGGUUUAAGCUGGAUUUUUCUGCAGGGACGGAGUACAAAAACCAGGUGACAUUUUUUUUUAACACUCUUAAAGUGUCACCUCGUUGCUUUCUGCACUCAAAGUGCCAGUCACCUUUUUAAUGUUUAGGUCAAUGCUGAAAUCACCUACUUAUAGUAGAUUCAAGCCACAAAUUUUUUUUUUUUUUUAAAGUACUCCAUGUAUUUUUGUGAAGCAACUAGAUGGCGCAAUUGUAUGGGGUGACCGUACACUGUAACCUAGUAACGACGCUAACAAACCAGACUGGCAGAAGACGCGACAUGGAGACGCCUGUGUGUUUGUUAUUAUAGCUAAUAAAAGUGUUAAUUGUUGUUGCACUGUGGUGAUUUAUACAAUUUUUCACUUAAUGGUUUAUAACACGUUAACUACCUUGAAAGAGUUGUGAAAGCGUGUAAAUUGACUGAAAGAUACGUUAAUGGAGAUCGACGAUCCCCAGAAACUGAUGCCCGAGCCUCGCAUCUUCGUGGAAAGAACUUUGGCUUUAAUCAAACCUGAUGCUAUCCACAAAACCGACGAAAUUGAGGAUAUUAUUCUUCAGUCUGGUUUUACGAUUUUGCAGAAAAGACGGCUUCAGCUGAGUCCAGAGCAAUGCAGUGAUUUCUACGCCGAGCAUUAUGGGAAGCUGCAUUUCCCCCAUCUGACUGCCUUCAUGAGCUCGGGGCCGGUGGUGGCUCUAGCGCUGGCCAGAGACCAGGCCAUUGCCACCUGGAAAGCCAUAAUGGGACCAGUCAGCAGCAUAAAGGCCAGAGAGAUGCAUCCUGACUGUCUGAGAGCGAGGUUUGGCACGUGUGACCUGAGGAAUGCUGUGCACGGCAGUGAAACCUUCUCUGCGGCUGAGAGAGAGAUCAGGUUCAUGUUUCCUCAUUCUGUGAUUGAACCCAUUCCUAUGGGAGACGCUGCCAAAGAUUACCUGAGUCGGUUCAUCAACCCAACACUUCUCGUUGGACUGACAGAGCUGUGCAAGAUGAAGCCAGAAGACCCCUAUACAUGGCUUGCUGACUGGCUGAUGAACAAUAACCCCAAUAAGCCCAAAGUAUCGGAUGGAGCAACAGUAGAGGAGGCAGCCUGAUUUCCUUUCUUCACGCAUUUGACCAAGAAUUUGUUAAUAUUUGUAAUUAUUUUGGUAUUUUUUCCCUCAUAUUAUUUGAAUUCCUUUGUUU